AUGACACAGCUGUUAUUUUUGGGAGCAGACGGGCUUUUCUUCUUCUUCUUCUUCUUCUUCUUCUUCUUCUUCUUCUUCUUCUUCUUCUUCUUCCUUGUCCAUUAUUUUUCUUCUUCGUCUGUUCGCUUUAAUUCUUGUUGCAUUUUUUCUUUUUCUUUCUUUCUCUUCUUAUUCUUUCUUUCCUUCUUUUUCUUAUUCUUUCUCUCUCUUUUCUUUUCUUCUUAUUCUUUCUCUUUUUCUUUCUUUUCUUCUUUUUCUUCUUAUUCUUUCUCACUUUCUUUUCUUCAUCUUCUUUCUUUCUUCUUUUUCUACUUGUCUUCUAUCAUUAUCUCUUUCCCUAUAUUAACUUUCUUCCUCUCUAUUUCUUUCAAUUCUUUUUCCUCACUCUCUCAUAUCUUUAUCUCUCUUUAUUUCCUCAUGCUUUUCUCUAUCUCUUUCUUUCUUUCCUCCUUCUUUUCCCACUUUUUCUCUCUCUUUUUUCUAUAUUUCCUUUCUUUUUCCCUUUUUUCUCUCUUUUCCAAUUAUUUCUCUCUGUUCCCUAAUCUCUCUAAUUUUCUUUAUCUCUCUCUCUCUCUCUCUCUUUCUUUCUUUUUCCUCGAUGUUCUCUUUUCUUCUUCUUCUUCUUCUUCUUCUUCUUCUUCUUCUUCUUCUUCUUCUUCUUCUCAACAAUCUACUUUUCUCAUGGCUCAUAUUAGAGAAAUGUUCAACAUCAACUUUUGUAUUAUUGCUGUUCUUGUUGUUCCCCUUUCUUCUUUUUUCUUCUUCUUUUCUUCUUCUUCUUUUCUUGCACGUAUUUUCAUUUAUAUUUAUUGCAUUUAUUUUCUUUCAAUCCUCCUCCUACUCACGAGUCAUCUUUUUUUACCCUUUCUUCUUCCUCUUCAUCUUUUACUUAUUGAUACCUACCAUUUUAGCAUUCUUUCUUCUUCUUCUUCUUCUUGGUACCUACCAUUUUACACUUUCUUCUUCUUCUUCUUCUUCUUCUUCUUCUUCUUCUUGACGCUUGUCAUUUCCCCUUUCUUCUUCUUCUCCUCUUUCCUUUCUUCUUCCUCCUCGCCUUUUUCUCCUUCUUCUUCUUCUUGGUACCAGGCAUUUUUAUCCCUUCUUCUUCUUCUUGACGCCAGUCAUUUUUAUCCUUUCUUUUCCUUCUUCUUCUUCUUCUUCUUCUUCUUCUUCUUCUUGAUGCCUCUCAUUUUACCCUUUCUUCCUCUCCAUCGUCGUUUUCUUCUUCUUCUUGAUACCUAA